UUUUAGUUGGGGAGAAGAAGGCACCAGCAGCAGGAGAAGGACCAACCAAGAUAGUCCCAGACAUUGGAAAAAGAAAGCAAGGAAGUAAAAACUAAAAGUGUUUCUAUCUCCUCAUGGGGGACCCUUCAGUCUUCUCGUACUUUUUUAGUCCCCUCUCAUCAUACCUAAAAGGCUGAGUAAAGGCGUACUCUAAGUAAAAACAGGACACGUAAACAUUUGUUGAGAUUGAGACAGAUUUGUUUAGUGAGAGUACAUAUUUUGUGGACUUGGUUCGUAGUCUCCAGCAGCCAAUUGGUUGUCCACAACCACCACCAUGACUGCCGCACUUCUUCCAAAUCUCCCAAACCAACCUCAAGCACAAGCUCUCUGCUCGCUCUCACUCCUCACGGAUUCAAAAACUCCUUGUUGUGGAGGAAAAUAGUUGCAGGACAGCUAAUUUGCGAAGAGUAAUUAGUUGGUAUUCGACCCAUCGGGAGAUACUCCUUCUUGCCUCGGCUGUCAUCACUUUUUUCGCAAAGAAGAUAAAAGUUUGUUUCGUGCCGACCCACACAGACAGCUAGGACACGGUCGUCAUCUCAUCGGGGAAGUAAAUACUUUCAUCGUCUCAUCCGUCGGCGUCGUGGGUGUAAUGCUAUUGUACUCUCGAUCAUUGGAGAAAGUACUUUUUGACGGGAAAGUAUUAUAAUCGAGAUGUCUGCAAAUAACAAUUCAACGCCAAAGCAAGCGGUGUGUUGCUUCCACUGUGCAAAGCCGCUCUCCAUUUCAUCAUUGUGUCAGGCUGGGACGAAAAGAUUCUGUUCUCAAGAAUGCUUAAUGCUAUCACUUAAUGCAACCUCUUCAUCCGGACAAUCCAAGCCGUCUACAAAUGUGAAGCGACCUGCCACUUCGCCUCUCGUAAAUGACCAGGAUGGCGAAUCUUCCCUAUCCUCCAUGGAUGAUGGUGCCCAGGCGUCCUCCAGCAAUCACGUUGACACAUACAAACCUCCCAAGAAGAAGAAGAAGAAGGGCGAAGAGGAUGUGUAUGACUGGACAGAGUUCCUUGGAAAUCCUGGGCUCAUUGCAGCCAGCGUAGUCCAAGUGAAACAUACUCCAUUGUCAAGGAUGUGGGAAAAUAUUUCUGAAGGAAUGAAGUUGGAGGUGGAAAAUAAGGACGUGGAUUGUAGGAUUAGUGAAACUGCAUUCUGGGUUGCGAGUGUAAUACAGAUUCAAGGAUACUAUGUCCUUCUAAGAUACGAAGGAUUUGGGAACGAUGGAUCGGGAGAUUUCUGGAUUCAUCUGUGUUCCGAAAGCAUUCAUAAUGUUGGUUGGUGCGCAAAUAAAGGGAAGCCACUGAUUCCUCCUAAAUCUAUCGCAAAAAAGUUUACUGACUGGCGGAGUUUUUUGGUCCAUCGUUUGACUGGAGCGAGAACACUGCCUGCCCAUUUCUCUUCAAAGCUGGAAAGCGGAUUAAAAUCUGUGCAAAAAGUUGGGGACAUGUUGGAGGUAGUAGACAAAAAUAAAAUAAGUCAGCUGAGUCUGGCGACAGUGACUCAUGUGGUUGGUCGGCGGCUGCACGUGCAGUACUGGGAUAAUGGAGAAGGCGGAGGUUUUUGGUGUCACGAAGAGUCUCGACUAAUUCAUCCUUGCGGAUGGGCCAAAACAAUAGGCCAUUUAAUAUCAUGUCCUCCAACCUAUAAUCCUGAUCCUCUGCCCACAACUCCAUAUGAUGCAGACUUUGAGAAUAUGAAUUUAAAAGCGGGUAUGAAAUUAGAGGCUAUCGAUCCGCUGAAUUUAUCAGCUAUUUGCGCCGCAACUAUUAAGAAAGUACUUCGACGAGGAUACGUCAUGGUCCGAAUUGACUGCUACGACGAUGAUAGUUCCGGAUUAGAUUGGUUUUGCUAUCACAUUAGCUCGAACUCUGUAUUUCCUUGUGGAUUUUCGCGUACAAAUGGAGUUGUUUUGACCCCACCAAAUGGGUAUGAUAAAGCUACAUUCGACUGGGACGAAUAUUUUAAACAAAAUGACUGCACUGCUGCUCCAAUUAAGCCAAAGGAAAAGGUGUUACCACAUGGUUUCAAAGAAGGAAUGAAGAUUGAGGCAGCUGACCUUAUGGACCCUCGACUAAUUUGUGUCGCUACAAUUGGAAAGGUUGUGGGAAGAUUAUUGAAAAUUCACUUUGACGGAUGGGAAGAUGAGUAUGACCAAUGGAUGGAUGCACGGUCUCCAGAUAUAUAUCCUAUUGGCUGGUGCGACCUAGUAAAGUAUCAUUUGGAACCACCUAGACCCCCCAUACACGUCCCAAAACAACAAAAAAAGACCAAGAAAGGCAAGAAAAAGAACACAGGCAAGGGUGGUGCGAAGCAGGUGCCUCCUGUUGCUAAGCCUAAAGUGGACACUAAUACGAAAGUGGUAAACUCUUCCAAUUCGUCGAGCACGCCAAAGAUGUCGGCUCCAAGUACUGUUACCAGCAGCACAUUCGCGUCUAAGCAAAUACCUACGUCGAGUGCAGUAAAGCCAGAAGUGAAACCGAAAGCAGCCAACAAUAAUACAGGGACAACGUACAACGGAAACACUGAGAAAAAAGUUAUCAAUUCUUAUGAAAAAGAAGUAGCAGUGAUCGAAAAGCCCGGUUCAACGGAACCUUCGGAUCCACAGGGUUGGAGUAUUUUUGACGUUGCACAAUUUCUGACUGCUCACGACUGUGCAGCAUAUUGUGAAUACUUCACCAAAAAUAAUGUGGACGGGCCUAAACUGAUGACCCUCACCAAGGAUAACUUGAUUGCCCUAACAGGCAAGGUUGGGCCAUCCGUAAAAAUUUACGAGUUAAUUAGCCAGUUGAAGCGAUCAACAUCUGCAGCAAAAGCACGCAGCUCAGCCUUACAAAAAUGAAGCAUAACGUCGUGUCCUAGCUGUUCUGUGUCCAAUGCAUUGCGGCCUUCUUCUUUCAUCAUCCUAGUUAUAGAGAAAUAUACAGAAUAUCACUAAAAAUCUGAAAACGAGCACACGGGAGGGCGUAAAAUAUUUCUUUCCAGAGUAAUUUACUUGUAACGAGUCUUGUUAUGCUGUGGGAAUAAUGCUGUUUUAAUAAUUAAUUUUAUAUAAUGAACGAUCCUGUAAUACAAUUAAAAUUAUUAGUGUUAUUAUUUUUUAUUAGUAAUAUUAUUUAAAAAAACGUAUGAAAUCAUGCUCUUCAAGUUUUGUUGCAUCUGUAUGAGUACAUGUAGGCUAGAUUUUAUAAUACAUAGUCAGUUCUUCUAUUGAUCACAUGAAAGUUACCAUUAGUAAAGAACCACCAGCGUUAUGAACUGUGCGAUAAUUACAGAGAUAUCGGGACUGAGUAAUUCAACAACUAUUAAGUAAUUAGAUAAAUGAACUAAGAAGUCCUCACCCAAUAAAAACACAGAAUCAUUGUAUACUCCACUUUCCAUGCAUUUUAUAAGUAAACCGCGUUCUGAUUUUGAUUUAUAUUUAUUUCUGAUUUGUUAUAUAUCCAUAUAUAUAUCCAUGUAUGCAUAUACGUAUAGAUUGACUGAGUUUGUAUCCUUUGUAAGACUUUGAACGUGUAUUUGAACGCUUUUUAGGUUGUAUGAUAAAUGUACCAAAUCCAUAAUUUUUAAUAACAAUAAUUUGUUAUGGUUAAAUUGACGAAGCAAUGUCGGGCAAGAUGAAUCAAACCCAUUCAUCUCAUCCCAUUCCGUUGUAGUGCUAUUAGAUUAUUUACUGUCUCGUACCAAGGAUAACUCGAUACCUCGGUGAAUACUAUUGAUAUGCAUUUUGCUAUAUACCUGCAUAGAUAUACCUGUAUCAAAAACAGCCUGACCGAACUAGUUAAAUAAUUAAGUACGCCGAUUGAAAUGCUGUUUAUGUGUCUAUGUGUGCGAGUACAAAUAUGUGAAUAUAGUACUAAUGUACUAUGCAGCGUCUCCUUUAUAUGACGGUCAUAAUAGGUUGACCAUAGUGUGAAUUGUAUACAUGCACUAUGUAUUACUACCUACUCUUCCUAUUAAUUAAAAAAAAGUAAAUAUCAAUAAACACUAUAUUACCUGAGAUUUGGA